CUGGCCCAGUACUUCCCUAUGUCCAAACCUAGUAUAUAGCUAAACUUCCCACCAGCUGUGUGAAGCUCAUUGACGUCCAAGACACACAAAUCACAAUGUCUGAUCUCUCUGAUCCUAUAGACAGGGAUAGCCGGCUUACUCCCCCUAUCCACAUCGACGAUCCGUCGCCGUCACUGGACAAGACUGACCACACCUCGUCGGGCGGAUCUGACAAACCCUCGUACUCCAUUCUCACGUACAGAGAAAAGCUUGGGAUCGUGAUGAUCAACUCGUUUGUGGGGAUAAUGUCCUCGAUUGCGUCCCCUAUUUUUUUCCCCAUAAUGAAAGACAUCAAGCAAGAGUUCAAGAUCUCCGAUGAGUUGAUGAACUUGGCGGUGGUGUGCUACUUGAUCUUUCAGGGGAUCGUUCCAACCAUCUCCUCUAACUUGGCAGACCAGUAUGGGCGCCGACCAAUGCUCUUGCUCUCACUUCUCGUCUAUGUCGUGGCUAACAUUGGCAUUGCCCGUCUGAACGUAUACUGGCUCAUCCUUGUCUUGCGCUGUGUGCAAGCCGGGGGUAUUGCUCCUGUCAUUGCCAUCUGUUCCGGUAUGGUUGGUGACUUUACUCUCCGUCACGAAAGGGGUUCGUUUAUGGGUGCCGCCAGUGGAUUCACUCUUGUGGGACAGGCGUUCGGUGCUCUCAUUGGGUCCGGUAUCACCACUGGUUUCGGAACCUGGCGAGCUAUUUUCUGGUUUCUUGCAAUCACAGCUGGGGUUAUCUUACUUGUCUGCGUUGCUGUUAUCCCUGAAACCUGCCGCUCCAUUGUCGGGAAUCAGUCCGUGAGACCGAAGCGCUUCAUCAACCGUGCACCAAUCCUCUUAUUAUCGCGCUAUUCCCGCAGACUUACGAACGAUUUGAGCACCUUAGAGGACAGCCGUCAGCGCAUCGAUUGGUUAUCCCCCUUGAAGAUCCUCAUGAACAGACAGGUGUACUUUGUGUUGAUACCCGCAUCGUUACAGUUUGCCGCCUGGACCAUGAGUAUGACCACGCUUUCCAACUCCUUGUCUACCAAAUACGGCUAUACCACCCUCCAGGUGGGACUCUGCUACUUACCGCAAGGCAUUACUUGUCUCAUCGGUUCUCUUGUCUGCGGUAAGCUCCUCAACUGGCACUACGUUAAAAUGCGCACCACGUAUGAAGGGGAUCUUGCAAAUUAUGAUGAAGCCCAGUGUGCGCACAAACCGGUAUUCAACUUCUAUAAAGCUAGGUUAAACCUUCUUAUCUACCCGUGCUCCGCUGCCUGCUGUGGACUUGUCAUGUACGGGUGGUUCAUUGAGAAUAAGAUCCAGUUGGCCAGUGUGCUUGUGAGCUCCGCGAUGAUCUCCUUCUGUGCCUCCUUUUACGUCACCACGUCCACCACUAUUAUGGUGGAUUUAUUCCCGGGUCAAACAUCAGUGUCUGCGUCCUGCGUCAACCUCGCCAGGUGUUUGACAGCUGCCGUUGGGACCGCCUGUUUGGAAAUGAUGGAGACCAAAAUGACCAUCGGGGGGGUCUACACCUUCCUUGCGGGUUUGUGCUUUGUCUCUAACUUCUUGGUGUACAUUUUGAUCCACAAGGGGUUAAAGUGGGAUGCUCAGCGCAAGCACCAUGGAUAAUACUGGUGCCCAGAUAAGAUCCAAGCGUAUGAUUUGUUAUUUAUUGUCUCUGCAUUUUGUUUUUGUUAUUUAUUAGCAUCUUUUCGUUCAACAUCCAUGUUUUGAAUGGAUGGCACCUCGCACACAUUUCUUAUUCCACGCCAUCCGUUUGAUUUAUGUGUAUUUAUCUAUAAGUAUUGUAUACUUGGUUGAAAUCUGACCAGUACCUUUGUCACUCC